AUGCAGGCGAAAACCAAACCCUCCGCGAAGCCAUGGCCGCCGGCGACCUCCACUUCCCAUGCCAAAACCACAGCCCGUCCCUUCAUCGCCGCCGUACGCACCGACGACGACGACGACUUCCAGAUCCCUCUCCACGCCAGCGGCGCCCGCCCCUUGAAGCCCCCCAAUGGCGCCGUAUCCCGCCACCUCCGCAAGAAGCUAAAACUUCCGUCACCACACCCCGGGAAGGAGAACCAUCCCGUUGCCGGCGGCACGGCUUCCGCGGGGAGGGUUGCGGCGGCGGCUGCCGAAACCCUAGCGGCCGGUUCGAGUGUUGGCCGCGCCGGCCUACGCUGCGUACCCGAGGAGAAAGAAGCCACGGGGGAAGGAAUCCGCGGCAUAUCGAGGUACGGUUCCGGUGACCCCAAAUUAUCAGGCGCUACCGAGGAGGAAGGAUUGGGCGGAUACGACGGUUGCAAGGCGAGUUCUAGCCGCUUCCCCAAUUCUACGGAAUCGAGGGCUUUGGAGCCAGGUAAAACAUGUGAUUUGGGAGGUGGGCACUGUGAAGAGGCGAAAGGGGUAUCCAGGGCCAGUAACCCAGUUCCUGGGAAGGGGGCGGUGGGGGCAAGAUCUGGUUCUUGGCUCCAUGGCCCUGCCUGUAAUGGACGGGGUGUGGAUGCAAAAGCUCAUGUUGCAUCUCUAUCCGGGACCGAAAAGGAGUGGAGUAGAUUUGGACUCGAUGACGGGAAUCACCACUCACAUUCAAUAGAAUCAGAGCUACUAGUGCCGAGUUCAAAAUCUGGUUUUGAAGGUGCAGAUUGCAAAGGUUUCCAAGAUCCUGGUUUAGGAACAUGUAGCUUGGUUUCUGAAGGGAGGAAAGUUGUGGUAGAAGAUGUUGAUAUUUCCAAAACUGAGCCUGCAGAGAAGAAAUCAAGUUCAGCUGCAGAUAGUGUGGAGUAUCACUGCUCGAAUUCAGCUGAAUCGGUGCAUCUGGAAUCACGUACUGUCCAUCGUUCUGAAGCCGUUGACUGUGAUGAUUUUGAGAUUGGUACCCAGCUUAAUGAGCUCAUAAACCUGUGCAUGCGGGAUCAGGUGGACGGCCAUCAUAACAGUAGUGCGUCUCCUGCUGAAGGGAAUACAAUGGAUUCAGGGAGGUUCGAGUCGGUAUAUAAAGUGCAAUGCCCAUUAUGUGGAUCAGACAUUUCUGAUCUGAGUGAGGAGAUGCAGCUAGCGCAUACUAAUAAUUGCCUCGACAAAGAUGAACCUGCUAAGGAAUCUGAUCACAAUCAUGAAAGAAGACCUUGCACUGGAGAGAACACUGAAAACGAAUGUGUUGUAAAAUGGUUAAGGAACCUGGGGCUAUCUAAAUAUGAAGAAAUUUUUACCAAAGAAGAAGUUGACUGGGAGACCUUGCAGUGGCUCACAGAAGAGGAUCUUCUAGGUAUGGGGAUCACUUCCCUUGGACCUAGAAAGAAAAUUAUCCAUGCCCUGGGUGAAUUAAGGAAGAAAAAUGAUCAUACCAAUGAUAUGGAAGAAGAUGUGGUAAUUUCUGAAAAUACAAACAGAACUAAAGUCCCUAUGAAUGGGAACAAAUUAAUUACGGAGUACUUUAGGUGUUCCCCAUCUGAUCAGAAACAAAGAGGCAGCAAAGUUCAGCGACCAUCUAAUGUAAAUAACCAGAAAAAUUCUAGUGCCAAAGUGGCUACUAGCAGAAGUCAUACCCGUAAAACGAAGGUUAAAGAUACACCUAUAUGGUGUUGCAUCCCAGGAACACCCUUUCGAGUGGAUGCAUUUCGUUACUUACGGGGAGAGUGCAGCCACUGGUUUUUGACACACUUCCAUCUAGAUCAUUACCAAGGCUUGACCAAGAACUUUUGUCAUGGGAAGAUUUACUGCUCCUCAAUAACAGCAAAUCUUGUACAUCAUAAGAUCGGUGUUGCAUGGGAUAGAUUGCAUGUAUUGCCACUGAACACAAGGAUUACUGUUGCAGGAGUUAAUUUGACAUGUUUUGAUGCCAACCAUUGUCCUGGAUCAAUCAUUAUCCUUUUUGAGCCACCCAAUGGUAAAGCAAUUUUACACACUGGAGACUUUCGAUAUUCUUCCGAGAUGGCCAACAAUCCUAUUUUGCAGUCUUCUCACAUUCAUACUCUAAUACUUGACACAACCUACUGUAAUCCACGAUAUGACUUCCCUAGCCAAGAGAUCGUAAUACAGUUUGUCAUCGAGGCUAUACAAGCAGAAGCUUUCAAUCCAAAAACGCUGUUUUUGAUUGGUAGCUAUACAAUUGGAAAAGAACGAUUGUUUACAGAAGUUGCUCGUUUGCUUCAGAAGAAAAUAUUUGUUGGAGCUGCAAAGCUGCAAAUAUUGAAGCACUUGGAGCUUCCUCAGGAAAUCAUGCCCUGGUUGACAGCCAAUGAAGCCGAAAGUCACAUACAUGUUGUGCCGAUGUGGACUCUAGCAAGCUUCAAACGGUUGAAACAUUUAUCAAGCCAAUAUGCUAGCCGGUUUGACCUCAUCGUGGCAUUUUGUCCUACUGGUUGGGCAUUUGGUAAAGGGAGGAAAAAAACACCUGGGAGAAGGUGGCAACAAGGAACAAUCAUCAGAUAUGAAGUACCGUACAGCGAACACAGUAGCUUCACAGAACUCCGAGAGUUUGUGCGGUUCAUAUCACCAGAGCAUAUAGUUCCCAGUGUAAACAAUGACGGCCCUGAGAGCGUAGAUGCUAUGCUGGCCCAAUUGUUGAAUGAGGACCAGUGAAUUAUAUCACUCCACUGUGUCGGCCUGAUUACUAACUACUGUCAUAAGAUCACCUACAUUAACGUCCAAGGAUUACAUAGCUGAAGGUAAACACUGUGUUUUCCUUGCUGA